CAGCAUCAGAAAGUACUUCCAUCUCCAUCGGCGGUGACCAGCUAGCUAGCUGCUGGCUAGAUUGAGCUUUAGUCGCGCAACUAGGGCGCCCCCUUUGCCCUUUCGCGUUGCAUUGAAGAACCACGAGACACACGGGUUUUUCUCGUGCAAACACCACCCGAGACACCGAGUUUAAGGGUUCAACGAUCUUACCCGGGACCUCAUCAACUGCCUCUUGCUCGCUAGAUCUUGUCCCCGAGGAGACGAUCGUCAUUUUUUCGCCGGGGUUCACUUUACUGCAAGAUCGCCGACGGUCACGGUUUCUCUCAGUGAAGUGUCGUGAUGUUUUUUUUUAAUCAUCAUCAUCAUCAUUAAUUGUUGAAGAAGAAGACUUUAUAAUUUUUUGAAGUGAUUUUGAGAAAGAGGAGUGAUUUUAAAUCAAGAUUUGACAUUUUAAUCACAAGAUUUUUAGUCUUAGGUCAGGACAAAAUGAUAAAGUGGCCGGAUUUUUGGAACUGGCGACAGUGUUAUCAGUGACGGGGAUUGCUCAUUAGUUUUUUGAGUAGUGAUUGUGAUUACUGUGUAACGGGUCGAAGCAGAUAAAUUUUUUUGUAUAGAUAUCAAAAUGCAACCAUUGGAUCGUUCAACGACAACAAUGGCAGCUUCUGACACUCCACCAAGCCUUCUAGCCGGAACCGAGGACUCCAGAAGAAGUUCUCCAUCAUGCCGGAACCUCUCAACGUUGACCUUCUCUAUCGCAAAAAUCAUGGAGCCUGAUAAAAGGCUAUCAGAUUCGUGUUCAGCAGCGAUUCUAAGGCAGCCUGCACCAAGUAUUCCCUCAUUGACCUAUUCAGCGCACCUGGAAUCAGCGUUCAAGAAGUACGUACCGACUCUGCGCCAACAGACACUUCUCCAACACUACCCACUGCUGUACUACCACCCAAACCCGCUUCUAAGAGCCUUCCCAGGAGCUCCAGUCUCCAGCAACAGCACUCCCAUCAGCAGUCAUUCAACUUCGCCUCCAAUUUCCCCGACUCACACUCGCCUGGAAUCCAAUUCUGGUGAAAAAAAGUCCCCAGUAAGUCCUGCAGUGGCUCUUCCAAGUGCCUCUGUGGCUUCUUCUGGUGGAGCUCAAUCCGGAGGACAGGUUCGCGAAUUGGCUUCCGGAAAACAGAAAACCUUUGCCUGUCCAGAGUGUGGAAAGGUGUUCAAUGCUCACUACAAUCUGACCAGACACAUGCCAGUUCACACUGGAGCCAGGCCGUUUGUUUGUAAGAUAUGUGGCAAGGGAUUCAGACAAGCUAGCACACUUUGCCGGCACAAAAUCAUCCACACUGCUGAAAAACCGCACAAGUGCCAGACAUGUGGAAAGGCAUUCAAUCGGAGCUCAACGUUGAACACUCACACGCGCAUCCAUGCGAAUUACAAACCAUUUGUCUGUGAGUUUUGUGGCAAGGGGUUCCACCAGAAGGGCAAUUACAAGAAUCACAAAUUGACCCACAGCGGCGAGAAGGCUUACAAAUGUAGCAUAUGCAACAAGGCCUUUCAUCAGAUUUACAAUCUCACUUUUCAUAUGCACACGCACAAUGACAAGAAACCAUUCUCGUGCAAAAUAUGCGGCAAGGGAUUCUGCAGGAAUUUUGACCUCAAAAAACACAUGAGGAAGCUUCAUGAUUCUGUUUCGCCGGUAAUGAGUGCUGGAAGUCUCGCAAAUUCUGCGGGACAAACCCAUGUGGAGUCUUCUGGGUUCUCUGCGGUGCAUCAUUCUUCAGCAGGACACGCCUUUGUGAGUCCUUUUCUGCUGCCCUCUCCCGGGUCUCAAGCCAGCUACUUUUCGAAAAUGUUGUGACAGACUGAGAACUACGGCAGAAAACAGUGUCCUCUGUUUCUGGGAGCCAUGGGGUACACGGAAGGACAUCUGAGUCUUAAGUAAAAGGUGGAUUACUCUUACUGUUUAUCCUUCCACUGGCUGUUACAUUUCGAUUGGCUUCAAUUCAAAUAAGGAUCAGAGAGAUCAAAGAACUGGAAGAUAUAUUUAUAGUUUUCGGUUCGGUGGGCUCUUUGUUAAAGAGCUUCCGCGCUGGCCAACCGAAAAGUGUUAAAAUGUAUACCCCUUGGGAUUUCAAGAUGAGAGAUGAAAAAAGACAGGAUUUAGUGGCUUGAGGUUACUUUUUGAGAGGAAAGGACCAUCAGGGUUAAUAAUUAUUGAUACGUUGAGAAUUUUUGGAGGAAGUGAUCUGUGAAAGGUUCACUUUUGUGAUCAUUUUUGGAUUGAUGGGAAAAUUUAAUUGUUCAAGAGGUAAAAUUUUGAAUCAAGGACAUUUUUAUUAAUUUAGGUGUUUUUAAUCAAGCAGAAAAUUUCCGAUGAUCUAAUUAGCAAUUGGUCUAACUCCUUAUCGGCUGCCCAAUUUUAAAACACAGUAACUGACAA